GUUACGCAAUUUCAAGACAAGUGCUCCAGGAAGCUGAAAAGUUGUUGAAGGAACGGAGUGUAAACAAGGAUUUUAAAAACAUUGAAUAACACUGAAAUGCAGAAAGUUCACAGUGGCAUCUCCGUCAUCUAGCCUAAAAGGAGCUCGUAUGGCCAAGUCAAGGAAAGAAUCGGACUGCCAGAUGAAACUGUUCAAGUUAUGAGGAACAUUUGCCUUUGGGAUCUCCCGCUAAACAGAUUUGCUGCUUUUUACUGUGUAUGGAUUUCUGCAGUGUACUGUACUUUCUCAAAAAACUGUCAAAACUUGUGUACAAGUAACCUGGAAGGAGAACUUGGAAUUACUAACCUUUGCAAUGUUAGUGACAUCACUGGAGCAUGCACACAGGGAUGUCAGUUUUGGAAUGCAACAGUGCAAAUCGAUUGCCCACUGAAAUGUAACAAGACAUACAUUAGAGCAUGUGAGACAGUUUCCUGUAAAUUUGGCUGUAGCCGUGCAGAGGAUGCAUAUGGAGUUGAAGCACAAAACUACUUGAAUAAACCUAGUGCUCCGUUUGCAUCUGCCAUUGGAAGUCACAAUGUCACAUUAGGGUGGAAGCCAGCUAACAUCUCUGGGGUGAAAUAUAUUAUCCAGUGGAAGUUCAAUCAGCUCCCUGGAGACUGGAGGUACACAAAGGUAGUAUCUGAAAAUUCAUAUACAGUCAAAGAACUUCAAGCCUUCACAGAGUACGUGUUCCGAGUGACUUGGAUCAUUACAUCUCAGCUGCAACUCCAUUCUUCAUCGAGUCCCAGUUACCGGACACAUGCUUUUGGAGCUCCUGCAACAGCUCCUGUCAUUGAAGAUAUCCAAAGUUCAAGUCCAAACACUGUUGAAGUUAGGUGGUCUCCACCACUUUUUCCCAAUGGGCUGAUUGUUGGAUAUAACUUGCUCCUGACCAGUGAGAAGCAUGAGCUGCUGAGAGCCUCGAGAGGGCACAGCUUUCAGUUCUACUCCACUUUCCCAAACAACACUUACAGGUUCAGUAUUGUGGCAGUUAAUGAGUUUGGUGCUGGACCUCCUGCUGAAGCCAACAUCACAACCCCAGAAAGCAAAGUUAAGGAAAAAGCAUCAUGGCUCUUCCUAUCCAGAAAUCAGUCUUUAAGGAAGAGAUACACAGAACAUUUCCUCGAAGCAGCCCAGUGUCUGCAAAAUGGUGUUAUACACCACAACAUUACAGGAAUUUCUGUGAAUGUUUACCAGGAAGUUGUCUACUUUUCUGAGGGGAAUUCCAUCUGGGUGAAAGGAGCUACAAAUAUGUCCGAUGUAUCUGACCUAACACUCUUUUAUGCUGGCUGGGGGAAUAUUACAUCCAUCUCAGUAGACUGGCUUUACCAGAGGAUAUACUUUGUCAUUAAUGAAAAGAUACAUGUCUGCCAUUUAGAGAACUGCACAGCAGCUGAAGACAUCACUCCUCUUAAUGUGAUGUCCCCCAGAAAGGUUAUAGCUGAUCCCUUUAACGGCUAUAUUUUCUGUCUCCUGGAGGAUGGCAUAUACAGAGCAAACCUUCCGCUCUUUCCUGGCACUGCCUCCACAGCUUCACCAGUAGUGAAAUCCAGUGCUCUGAGAGACUUCAUGAUCAGCUUCCAAUCUAAGAGACUUGUUUUCUUCAACAAAACAGAACAAGCCUUUGUGUCAGGUUUUCUUGAUGGUUCAGAGCUUCACACACUGCGAUCACACAUGCCACUUAAUGACGUGGAGAGCUUUGUUUAUGAGGAUGGCACAUUUACUGUCACAGAUGGCCAGGCAGUUUACCAUGAGGAGGUCUCUCCAGUGGGGAGUUCUAGCUUCAAUGAGUAUGUUGUGGAUUGCAAUUUGGCCUAUCCAGAGUACUUUGGCUUUGGCAACUUGGUUUUCUACGGAGCAUCUACUCAGCCUUUUCCUUUACCAACUCCUCCUCGUUUUGUCACGGCACUGUUUGGAUUGGACCAAGCUGUGAUCAGCUGGAAACCACCUGAACACACUAUUGGAACCAGUCUGUCUGCCUGGCAGAACUGGACCUAUGAUGUGAAAGUGUCACCUCAGCACCCAUCUGAGGAGGAACGGAUUGUCUCAAACAUUAGUGACACGAGGUUUACAAUGAAGGAUCUGGCCAGCUUCAUGACAUAUGAAGUGUCUGUUAGAGCUGUGUCUCCUGCUGGUGAAGGACCGUGGUUGGAGUCAUUUAGAGGCACAACUUUAGCAGAAACUGAAGAAGAACCAUAUAUAUUGGCAGUGGGGGCUGAAGGGCUCUGGAAGCAGCGGCUGGAUAGCUAUGGGCCAGGAGAACUCCUCUAUCCUCAAAUAAGAAAUAUUUCAGACUUCGACUGGUAUAAUGACACUCUUUAUUGGAUUAAUUACAUGGGCAAAGUGCAGACCUGGUCACUGGGCAAAAGAGAGGGUACCACUGAGAAUACUUAUAUAUCUGACAUCAGAAAUGCAAGGGUGUUGGCCUUUGAUUGGUUGGGUCAGUGCUUGUACUGGGCUGGUAAGGCAAAUACGAUCUACAGAAAAUCGCUGCUGGGAGGCCAUAUGGAUGUUGUGGCUCAUGUUGUGUUCCUAGUGAAGGAUCUAGUAGUGGAUUCAAUAAAUGGCUAUUUGUACUGGGCCACAAUGUAUUCAGUGGAGGGUGCAAGAUUGAAUGGAGAGGAGUAUCUUGUGUUACAGGAGCAGCUACAGUUUUCUGGUAAACAGGUGGUUGGUUUAACUUUGGAUCUCACCUAUGGUUUUCUCUACUGGCUUGUGCAAGAUAGUCUAUGCCUAAACCUAUACAGAGUUUCUCUUUGCAAAGAAGGUUGUGGUAAUGCUAUCAUCACAGAAUUUGUAGCAUGGAGUAUCUCAGAAGUAUCUCAGGUUGCACUGGAGUACUACAGUGGUCGUCUGUUCUGGAUUAAUAGUCUUCAGUUCAUUACAACUCAGGAAGUCAAUCAGAGCCUUAGCAUUCCCUUCUCACAGCCAGCAAAUUUUGAAGCCUUUACACUUGUUCACACAUCACUUAAACCUUUGCCAGGAAAUUUUUCUUUUACACCCAAAGUGAUUCCAGAUUCAGUGCCAGAGUCUUCCUUCAGGGUUGAAGGAAAUUCUUCAAGUUUUCACAUCACUUGGAGUCCUUCCACAAAUGUGGAUUGGGGAACCGUCUUUUACUGCACAGGAUCAAAAGCUCUACAAUCUUUGCAGGGUGAAAGAUGGCUCCAUCACCAUAACCUGACAGUGCCAUCCUACCGAGUUGAUGGCCUGGAACCAUUUGCACUCUUUGAUUUUACUGUCACUCCAUACACAUACUGGGGCAAGGCAUCAACAACAUCUGUACUCCUUCGAGCCCCUGAAGGAGUUCCUUCAGCCCCUACGAAUCCCAGAAUAUAUGUGUUACGAAACAACCUAUAUAGAAGUGAUGAGAAUGUCCUUGUGGAGUUCAGAUGGGACAAGCCCGAAAGGGACAAUGGAGUAUUAACACAGUUCAGGGUUUACUAUCAACUAUUGAGUCAGAAUGGCACUGCUGACACCUCCACAGAGUGGAACAUGAGCAACAUCAAACCCACCCUGAUGGUCUUUUCUCUCAAGAAUGUGUUUUCUAGCCUCACAGUAAGGUUUCAGGUGCAAGCCUUCACCUCUGUGGGUCCAGGACCUUUGUCUGAUAUAGCUGAGAGGAACUCAUCAGAUCUUUUCCCUGUCCCAACUCUAAUAACUGUUUCUGCCAAGAAGUUGUUGCUUACUGACAUAGACAAUAAUAAUACCAUAUGGGAACUUUCAGCAAAGGCAAAUGUAAAAGAUGUCUGUUAUAUUGUUAAUGAUGACAAAGCGUACUAUAUUGUAGAAGAUUCUCUUUUUCUCCUGGAUAUAAAGACUACUUCAAAGUUUCAGUUUUUCAAAGAUGCAUAUCUUCACAAUGCCACAGCCAUCACAGUUGACUGGAUUGCAAGACAUAUCUUUGUUGCCCUGAAAACACCAUGGAAUGAAACUGAAGUGUUUGUUAUUGAUCUUGAGCUCAAGAUAAAAUCUCUAAAAGCCUUGAACAUACAGUUGGGUAAAAGUAAUUCAACUGUAUCAUCUCUGUUGUCAUAUCCUUUGUUAAGCCGCUUGUACUGGAUUGAAGAGCUUGAUUAUGGCAGCCGCAUGUUUUGUUAUGAUAUUCUGAAUAACACCGUGCACCACAUUUUGGGAUACAUAUCAGUAGAAGAACAGAUGAGGAACUACUGCACCUGUAACGUAGCAGAAGCAGAUCUAGGAAGACCUAUGAGUAUAGAUGUGUCUGACUCCAAGAAUCCUCAGCUGCUCUUUGUCAAAGGAGGAGAUGAAAUAUGGGCCUCAGACAUGGAUGGUUGCCACUGCUGGAGAAUUACCAAAAUACCAAGUUUCCAAGGUAAGAAAAUUGGCAGCUUGACUGUAGAUAAGAAAUUUAUAUACUGGAGCACUGAAAUGGCGGAAUACACUGAAAUCUGGCUAGCAAAUAAAGCAAGCACAAGACACUCUCUUCAGAAGAGAGCAAAUCAUAAGCUGAAAAUCUUAGCUUACAACUCAGCGGCGCAAUUGUAUCCAGAUGAAAGAUGCCUGAUUCUACUGCUAGACACUGAGAAACCUACUAUUCUUGAUACGACAAACACCAGUAUUACAUUAAGCUUGCCAUCUGCCACACCACAGCAGCUAUGUCCUGGCAUAUCACAGCCUACGCCAACAUAUCUGGUAUUUCUUGGACAAAUGACUAACAGCCAUGGGAACUCAAGCUACCAUUUGUCUACUCUACAGCAAAACCCAUUGGAAUUUCAGGGUUCUAUAGCCAUCAUAGACAAUCUACAGCCAUUUUCAAGUUAUGUCAUACAAGUUGCAGUGAAAAACUACUAUUCAGAUCAGGAAGUGCUGCCUAUGGGAAAAGAGACAAUUGGCACAACUCUGUAUGGAGUCCCAGAGGCAGUUGAUUCCAUUAAGACAGUGGUUUUGUCUGACACCACCAUCAACAUCUCUUGGAGUGAACCUUUGAAGCCAAAUGGACCUCUGGAAUCUGUCCGCUAUCAAAUCUCUGUUAAUUUAUUGCCUCCUGUCCCAGUGACACCCUUGCGAAAAAGUGAAUUUCCAGAUGGGACACUUGCCUGGUCUGUCAGUGGGCUCCAAUCUGGAACAAUCAAUUCAUUCAAGGUUCUUGCUUUUCAUCCCAACGAGAACUGGUUUUCUGAAAGUGUCCCUGUUAUUGCAAAGACUUUUGAGACUCCAGCUGCACCUGACAAUAUAGUUCCCAGGAACACCAGUGUCCAGCUGGAAUGGAGAGCUCCUCUACAUGUCAAUGAAACCAGCUUUUGGUUUGAGCUGCGUAAGUGGCAAAGAAAAAGUGACUGGUUUUCUCCUGCAAGCACUGCGUGCACAGCAGAUCUUGUUUACACAUGCAAUCUCACAGGAACUCUUCCUUCAACCAACUACUUUGUAAGAGUAACAGUAGUUUAUGUUACAGGAGUGCAAAGUACUUCCUCUCCAACAAGCUUUAAAACUACAGCUGGUGUUCCCAGUAAGCCAGGAGUUCCAAAAAAAUCAGAAGACAUCAAAAACUCUGUACAGUGGGAAAAGGCUGAUGAUAAUGGAAGCAACCUGACCUACUACAUCUUAGAAAGCAGGAAGCAUUCUAACAACACCACAAAGUCCCUGUGGGAGGUGGUUUACAAUGGCUCCUGUACCAGCAUUUGCACAUGGGAGGCCAAGAACCUAGAAGGAACUUUCCAGUUCAGAGUGGCAGCUGCAAAUGCGCUGGGACUUGGUGAAUACAGUGACACAAGCAAGGAUAUAAUUUUGGGUGAAGAUACAGUUAUCUCCCCAGACACCAUCAUUGCCAUUGCUGCUGUGAGCGGAGCUGUCGUGCUGAGCUUGACUGCGGCCACGCUAUUUGGCUUUGUAUGGCACCAAAGAUGGAAAUUCGGAAAACAGGCCAUGCCUGGGCAGAUAGUGUUUAUGGAGGAAGAUAAAGAAUUAGCUCGACUCAGGAGGAUGGCUGAGACAGUGGGACUAGCCAACGCCUGUUAUGCUGUAAGCACUCUUCCUUCUCAAGCAGAGAUUGAAUCAUUGCCAGCUUUCCCUCGGGACAAACUGAACUUACACAAAUUGUUAGGAAGUGGAGCAUUUGGAGAGGUGUAUGAAGGGACUGCAGUAGACAUCCUGGCAGAUGGAAGUGGAGAAUCCAAAGUAGCAGUCAAGACUUUGAAGAAGGGUGCGACAGACCACGAGAAGAGUGAAUUCUUGAAGGAGGCACACUUAAUGAGUAAAUUUGAUCACCCUCACAUUCUGAAGUUACUUGGUGUCUGCCUGUUAAAUGAACCUCAGUACCUUAUAUUGGAGCUGAUGGAAGGAGGGGAUCUACUUAGCUAUUUACGAGGAGCCAGAAAGCAAAAGCCCCAGAGUCCCUUACUGACAGUGACUGAUCUCUUGGAUAUAUGUUUGGAUAUUUGCAAAGGCUGUGUCUAUUUAGAGAAAAUGCAUUUUAUACACAGGGACCUGGCUGCUCGCAACUGUCUUGUGUCUGAAAAAAGAUACGAGAACUCCUCCCGUGUAGUAAAGAUUGGUGAUUUUGGACUUGCCAGAGAUGUCUAUAAAAACGAUUAUUACAGGAAAAGAGGAGAAGGCCUGCUCCCUGUCAGAUGGAUGGCUCCUGAAAGCCUCAUUGAUGGUGUCUUUACAAAUCGCUCUGAUGUCUGGGCUUUUGGAGUCUUAGUGUGGGAAACAUUAACUUUGGGUCAACAACCAUAUCCAGGUUUCUCCAAUACAGAAGUUUUACAGCAUGUACGAUCCGGAGGAAGGCUGGAAUCUCCAGAUAACUGUCCUGAUGACCUAUGUGAUUUAAUGACAAGAUGCUGGGCCCAAGAACCUCACAGUAGACCUACUUUUGCAUAUAUUCAGGACAAACUGCAAGAGAUAAGACACUCUCCACUGUCCUUUAUCCACCACCUUGAAGACAAACAGGUAGCAACUGGAGUCAUCAACCAAGCUUUUGAAGAUAGUGACGUUCCAUGUGCAGAUUCGGACAGUAUUCUUUCAGCCAUGAUGAUGGAAACGAGGAAUCAAGAGGGCUUAAAUUAUUUGGUAUUAGUCAAAGAAGGCAAGCAAGAUCAAGGAAGCAUUAGUUCUGCUGAACAUACUUAAUAUGGUUCCCUCUGUUUGAGAGAAGGAGGGAAAGAAGAGAAAAAGCUCUAUCAAAGAAGACAAAAGCCAAGGAAAAUAGUCAGCACAUUGUCACAGAGAUGUCUUAAAAACCCAACAGCUUUCUAAAACACUAAAACUAUCAGAAAAUACCAUAAGGUACUGAAUAAUGUGUAGCAGAAUAAGACAACAAUUACGUAACUUUUAAUUUUCUACAUGUUAUGGUUUGGGUGUUUCACAGGAGAUAGUUUAAGGGAAUAAAACUUAUAAUCAGACAGUAAAUGAUUUUACUGUAGUGUUGACCAAACUCAUGCAAUCACAUAUGCCUCAGAUGCAGGAAGUCCUUCCAAAAAGGGAGCACUGGUGUGCUGUUUCAAAGAAGGGACAAACUCACUCAUGAAAAGAAAAAACCAGUUGAAAUAUAGCUUCAUUGUGCACAAAUAAGUCUUUACAAAUUGAAAAAGUAGCAUAAAUUCCUAGUGAACUCCAAAUCAGAAAAGAAUUGAAGGGGUCUGGGUUGUCCAUUGCUGGGAAUGGUCUAUUUCAUUAUUUAAUUUAUGCAAAUGUUUGCAGUCAUCUUGAAUGUUUAGUUGCCCAGUGAUUGAUGUGUGAAUCUAGACAGUCCUUUUUUCUUACAUUUAUUUUGCUUUCCCUUUUUAAUGUUCAUCAUCCUUGCUUAUUUUUUAUCAGACUGGGUGAAGGGAGGUACUUUUCCUUGAUGUGUUGGAAGAUCAAGUCAAAGUAGAUAAUAAAAUUAUAUAUAUAAAUCAUAAUUGAAUAAAAGACAACAAUGAACUUUUUGGAACAUUUCAUCAUGAAUAAAAGUUUGCAAAUUAUGCAGAGCUCUUCACUGACAUCUGUCAGGAAGCUAGAAAUAUGCUCUGAUUUUAUGCAAAUAUUUGAUAAUGGGAGACACUGGAAAGUAAUAAAGGCACUAUCUGAUGUCAGAAUGUACAUAUUUUUAAGAUGUGACUCCACUGAAAUCAAGCUUCAAAAGUUUUUUAAAUGAAGAUCCAACACAAAUGAACAAGAAAUUAAGGGUUUGACCAUUUUACUCAAAAGAAACAGAAAUGGCCAUCUUUUAAAUUAGGAUUCUUCAAAGUCCCUGACAAAGCUCAUUCAAGCAGUCUAUAAUUAUGUAAAUUUUUUUCUUCACCUACAAAUUAGUGCACAAGCCAGAUUUGCUAAUAACAAUAACUGCAACAUUUUGUUUUUUAAUUCUAAGGUAUGCUUAACAGACCCUGAGUGACAAACAAAUAUAUAAAUACCGUAUAAUGUUUCCUUGCUCUUCAAGUGCUGCUUGAGUGGUUGUGCAGCCAUUCCUUCCAUUUCAGUAACUUAAACAUGAAUAAUGUUUACUAACCAGUAGCAUGUGCUGGUCAGAAACCAAGAAGACCCCAGUUCUGUACUCAUCACACCUGGAUGACUUCAUGUAUGUGUGUAAUUUCACCUGACUACAAAGUACUGCUCAGUCAGCAAGCCACAAACAAAGGUUUUGCAAAUCAGUGGGACUUCAUAUGAUAUGUUUUUCUUUAGCAGGAAAGGCCUAGAAUCCUUCCAAUUUUUUGUCUAGGCAACACCUUUCACAGGCCUCAUGAUCGUGUCUGUGAUGUGAUAACCCAAGUCAGUUCAGAUUUGUGUAGGUCUGAGUUGGAAAAGAUUCACGCAAGAGCCUGUCCAACACAGGGAAAAUAGGUUAGCGGGCAAGAUGAGUGUCAGUGGCAUACAGCAGCCAGAAGUAACACCCCUGAGUUCUUAAAGUAGCCAUGAAUACCCAAAGCAGCACAGAAAAAAACAAAGGGGAAGAUAACUCUUGCUUUCUCAACAUUUUCUAAGUGUUUCAAGACAAGACUAACUUUAAUGGAGGAUUUCUCACAGCAUGAUGAAGAAGAAAAUGUCAAGUUUAACACAUUGCCAAUAAAUGAAAGUUCAGGAUAUUGACCAGUGAUCUACGCCUUUUGCACCUAAUAACAUGAAAAAUGGAUUGGACUGGAUGAAACACAAAUCUUGCAAUCCAAAUCUAGGGAUCCUGAUCUACAACUUGCUGAAUUCAGUGAAAGACACAAUACCUAACCCUCCCCAUACAUGCAGUGAUCUGAGGGAUGCUGAGUGAUACAGUUUGUCAGCUCUGAGCAUGACCCUAUCCGUCACUCCAUUCUCCCUCACUUCCCUGCCUUAGAGAAAGGAUGCAAACACAACUAUUCCACUGAGUCAUGGUAAAGCUGAAUUUGCUGUAUGCAAACUUGCUUCACUUGCAUUUACUCGUGAUGACACUCACAAAGAGUUUCUUAAUCCCUUAUGUUUCCCUAUCGCCCUUUUCUUCACACAUCUUCAUCACUUCACCUUCUCUAUCUCAUUGAAGAGAAGCUGCUAUGAAGAAAAUGAACUCCAUCCCAGCCAUACCCCGCACAGUCUCUAACCUGCCCAGGAAGAGGAGACGUGUGGUGCCAGGUGCUGAUGUCCCAGGUGAGUCUCUGGUUUGCAGCCGGUUCCUGUCUCAAGAUCUUACUUGCUUCUUGAUGCCAACACAAACACUUGGCGAGAUCCCUGAGGAAUGAUGGUGAGCAUGCUGCAGGACGUGAUACCAUACACAACCCACUAGUGCUGGCAAUGACUGAACUCUGAGCCGUGCUUGGACAGACAUGGACAUACUAUGUGGCUUUAGUUGGCUUAUUUAAUCUCUCAGCUGCAAACUUGACAUCCCUAUGAACGGACGAAAAAUAAUUACUGCUACCUAUGAAUAGUAUUUACUACAACAUAACACAAAUACUGUGGUGAUUAAUUAAAGUUUUUAAAUUAUUUUGUAAAUGUGAAGGGCCAGGGCAGAUGCUACAUAUUUACUAAGGCAGCAUUUCCAGUGGCAUCAAUUCUAGGUCUGCUGUCAUCAUUUCCCUUGGUCUACAGCGGAUGGUAACACCUGACCAUCAGUGCACUUCUGUUUUUCAGAGUUGUUUGCAAGGGCCUUUGAGCCUCGUGACCAGAUCUAUCCAAAAGCGGCGUACCUCAUGUUUUCCAUUCAGGACCACAGUCAAGAUCCUACAACAAAAAAAAUAAUGCUUUAUGACAAAAAUAUUAAGUCCUUACUGGGUCACAGAUAAACUUAUAGAAAAUUUACAUGUAGCUGCUGCUGCGAGACAUGCCAGGCUUCAGUGGGAUCACUCACUCAUGCCCAUGUGCCACAGAGGGACCACUCAGCAGCCUGACAUGAGUUAUGGGAUUGUGGCUGUCAGGAUCUCCAAAGACAAAACUUACACAGUUUGAAAAGAGGAUUUUUUGAGAUAUGGAAAGCAAAAUAUGUGCUUGCUUGUACCACAUAGGACUGAAAAAUGUAAGGCCUUCAGAUGGUUUCUUUGCCUUUUUUAUACUUAACAUUCAAGUCUCAUCUUCUCUGGGAGACUUUACUGUCAGUCAUUCAAUGGCAUCGUCCCAAGAUUCAGGGAACUUAAUAACUAUCAGAAAGGCAAAAGGUCAUGCAGCUACACUGCUAACAUGAGCGUUUUCUAUUAGUCUUCUUUACCUGCAAAAAACAAAUAAGUGGCAGGGACAAGAAAGGCAGAAGCUGAGUUCACCACAGCCUUACUUAUGUGAGAAGCUUGAGCCAGGGCCCAGGGCUGAGAAAUAAGAUGUUGUUUCUCAGCUUUCCUGGUACCCUAGGUAAGAGAGACUAGUAAGACCCUUCAGAUCACAAGAUCCCUCAAAAUUUGGUUUCCUAAAUACCUGUAUGAAAGGACACAAAGAUCUUUAUGGCAGGGCCACUGAACCCUUUCUUCCCUUGGCUGUUUUCAGAACAGUUUUACUGUCUACUUUAAUUGACUAAUACCUCCAUCUUUUGGUGGCUUUUCUUUUUUUUUCCUCUGGUAUCUGUGGCACGCUGCAUAUGAAGGCACACAACCAGGUGAAACUGACUCUUUGCGAUACAGGUUUAAGACUGCACAUUUUAAUAAGAACUGUGAAGGCAAGCUUCCUUCUAGAUUCAAAUUUAUGUCUUUCUACACAAAGUUGAUCUUAACUCAGCUACAACAGACUUGAAAAUAGUCAUUAUAGAAAAGAAUGUCUGUAAAAUAGCCCUGACAGGUCUGAUGGUGGCUAAAAAAUUCUGGUUUACCUUCAUUUCUUUUAACCGAUUCUUGAAAGUUUUCCUUAUACACAAACACACAUUGGAGUGAGUUGUAUGAGCUUGCAUACCAGGUGGAUUUUUCAAGUGAUCAUGGGUCUAUUUAUAAUGACACUUGGCACCUCUAACUGACAUUAUGUUUUAACUCUAAUAAAUAACCAGAAACCCAGUGCAUCAAAGCCAAGUGAUGAUGCCAAAAUAUUGUCAUUAUUGCCAGUGACAUGACUGAUACUGCCAUAUAAAAUGACCUUUUUAAUAAUGUGUUAACUUCUUCUUCAGAUGACGUCUUCCCUUUGGAGGAUGUUCAUCACCGCCUUCUAUCUUUUACGGUAAGAACUGAACUGUGAAACAGCCACUCUCUGUUUAGAUACCAAUCCCUUUUGCAAUGCUGUUGACAUAGCUGGAUCUUCUUUUUCCUGAUGUUUUUUCUCUCCUAUCUUCUCUGACAAGUCACUUAGUACUUGUCAGAGAUGUGGCGACUGAAAUGCUUUUGUUCUCCUAUGCACUACAGUAAGCAACUACAGUUACCUCUUCAUCUAUCCUAUAGGAAACUCAGUGGAGUUUCAACAUGUUUUGUAGCACCAAAAUCUCACCACUCUGAUUAAUCUCCUGGUGUAUUUCUCUUCACCUAUCCAAUUUUUGCACCUUUCCAGGUGGGCUGACCAUGUGUAAGUGCUCAGUAAUUUCCAAUCACAAAUAUAUUUAGCUUUCUCUUACAGAGAAACAGGAGAGGCAGAAGUCUGGGAGUCACAGAAUUAACCUUUUAUGAAAAUAUCUUCUCUUACAUCUUUGUAUUUCUUCAGUCCGAUAUCACCACAUCCCCAAGGAUGAAAACCUACUUACAUGGCGCAGCCUUGUGUUCUUCAAGUAGGACUUUUCCAGCUUUGUGCUUCCAUCUGUUUGUCUGUGGACAUAGUCUUUGUUAUCCUACUAGAGGCAUUACUCUUUAAUUUUUGAGUCUGUUGCUUAAGGCGCAAAGAAUUAUCCUGUACCUGAAUCUACUGAAACAAAACUAGUGGCCAUGAUAAACCAUGGUUGGUUGCCAAAUAUGUCCUCUUGCCUACCCCACUCAGAGGUGGCUCUUGGCUUUAGUGGCAGCAUCACCAGAUCAGACGUUGUCACUUCUCUUCAAAGAAGCAAGCAGAGAAGGGACUGUUGGUCCUAUUUCUUGCCAGCAUUCAAGGCUGGCAUUAAAUAAUUAACACAGGGAUCAAAAAUGAGGGAAAAAAAUCACACAUUUAGUAGUAUCUUUAAAAGUCUUUGUAUACUUAAUCAUGUGGUCUUGCGGCAGUAAGUUUAGGUGGUCACUGAGAGCUGAGUGACGUGUCACCAGCAAAAGGGCUGGACCUUAAGGCUCAGUUGUCAGGCCUGCAUCCCAUAGUCAUACUGCCACCAAAAUCAAGCUUUUCCACUUCUAACUUUUGGGUUGCUUCUAAUGUUUUUCAGAUCUUUUGUGCAAGGAAUGCUUUCUGAAAGGCCUACCUGUCUCCAUAUAGAAAUUAAUUUACGAGUAAAAUACUUGAUCUUGAAAGCAGCAUAAGAAAAGGUGGUGACAAAGUGACUAGAGAUGCAAGUGCCCGGUUGCUACUGUGUUUGUACACUUGUGUUUUGGCCCAGAUCAUAGACUCCUGCAGCUUCAAAGUAGUUUAUGUGUUUCUGGGGCAUGAGAAGAAAAAAAAAAAUAAAUGUGAGCAAUAAGAUGGCUUUUAGAAAACAGGCCUAUAUGCAAAGAGUUUGGACUGUGACUAAAAAUUUAUGACUGUUACUCUAAGGACUAUGCAUAUAUAAAAAUUGCAAAUUCUUAUCUGAUUUGUAUUUUUUUAAAAUUGCAAGAAUGUCAAGAGAAGUGGCAGAACAAACCAAUAAAGUGCCCUGAGAAAUACACUCCCAAAGAGGGCAAACAAAACCAAAUACAAGUGCCCUCUUAAACACGGGAUUUGUGUUUUCUUAGCAGAAUAAAUUCUCUGCCUUGACUCUCUGUGCUCUCACUGAAGUGGAGGUCAUGGCUAGUGACAACUGGG